AUGUGCGCGCUGUUUCUGGGACUGGACCUGUCGACCCAGGCCCUCAAGGCAUCCUUAUUGGACGAGCACCUAUGUGGCAUAGAUGAAGUACAGGUCAGAUUUGAUGACGAUCUGCCGCGCUUCGAAACCCAAGGCGGCAUCCUGCCGCGAGGUCAUGCCCUGUUAGAUGAGCCGGACGCUGCCUGCUCGCCAGCGGUCAUGUACCUCGCUGCCCUUGACAAGCUUUGGGACAGGAUCUCCUAUGAGCGCAAUUGGCCGAUUGACCGCAUUGCUGCGAUCAGUGCGGCUGGCCAACAGCACGCAUCUGUAUAUUUAGCCACCGGCGCAUUGGACGCCCUGCGGAGUGUAAGGAGUGCCAAGACACUGGAAGAGCAGCUGGAUACGUCGCUGUUUUCGCGUCAGAUCGUGCCGAAUUGGCAGGAUGCCACUACACUGGCAGAGUGCGCUGAGCUCAUGCACAGUGCCGACGAAUGCGGCGCACCUUUGUGCGCGACGACCGGCAGUAUCGCUCACACACGCUUCACAGCCGCCCAGAUCCUCCGCUGGCGCCGGCACCACCCGGAGCAGUAUGCACAGACCGAGUCCAUCCAGCUCGUGAGUAACUUUGUGGCGACUAUGCUCACGGCCGGUGCCGAAGCUUGCGCGGCGCCCCUGGACCAGAGCGACGCGUGCGGAAUGAAUUUGUGGGAUAUCAAAGCAUCGCAAUGGAGCGCGCCACUUCUCGCGCUCGUUGAUGGAUCUGAUGGUGCGGCAUUAGCCAAAAAGCUCGGCGAUGUCGCGCGCGAUCCACGCCAAGUCGUCGCGCGUAUCGGGACGUGGUGGCAGCAGCGGUACGGCCUGCGGCCGGAGUGCCUCGUGUGCCAGGCCACAGGCGACAACCCAGCGACUUUACAGUGCCUAGCGCCCGCCCUAGGCGAGGCUGUGCUGUCUCUUGGUACCUCCGACACGGUACUGCUGCCCAGCACGAUGUAUGUGCCAGACCCACAGUACCACACGUUUCAGCAUCCCGUGAGUUCACACGGUACCGCGGACGAGACGCCUCCCUACUUUCUCAUGCUCGUGUACAAGAAUGGAUCGCUCGCACGUGAAUGGGUGCGCGAUACGUACUGCGAUGCGCAGUGGGCGAAGUUUGACGAGGCAGUGCAACAGUGGCCGACGCCCACGCAAGGCACCGCGUUCUACUGGCUGCAGCCUGAGAUCCUCCCAUGGGAUGCGCGAGGCGUGCAUCGCUUUGAUGCGGCCGGCGAGCCCGUGGCCGAGUUUGCCGAGCGCACGUACAAUGCGCCAGCGAUGGUGCAGAGCCAGUGCCUGGCCUUUCGUACACGGAUCGAGCGUGUACUAGCAUCGAGCAAAACGCGUCUUUCGCGCGUGUACGUGGUGGGCGGCGCCGCAGAGAACCACACGCUGUGCCAGCUGCUAGCGAAUGUGCUGGGCUGCGAGGUCGCGCGGCCGGUCGUCCAGGGCCGCUCGGCGGAGUCGGGCAGCGCGGUACCGUACAACUUUUGCUCCGUGGGCGCCGCAUUCCGCGCGCGCUGGGUAUGGGAGUGUGCUACGAGCGAGCAGGUAUCGUGGGAGGCGUGUAUCCGCCAUGCCCGUGGGGCGCGCGCAGCAAGCACAGGCCGCUGCAUUUUCGGCGUUUUGUGA